AUGCCUCUGGACCAAGGCAGAUUCCCCUUGGAGUGGGAGGAGUGGCCUCGGGGCGAGGACACUGUUGUGAAGCUUCCUGACGACCCCAGUGCGAGAUUCGUGAAGGGAGGGUGUGAGAAGAGGUGCAAGGGCAGCAAGGGGCGAGCCAGUUGGGAUGGAAAGGAGGGAGAGGUGUUUGCGAGUGCUAAGGGGCAUGAGUUGUGGAGAAGGGCUGCCAUACCCAGGUUCUGUGAAGACAUGCAGGAUGAUUAUGGGCCUUCCGAUGGUGCCAGUGGGAGCAGCAGCCGCAGCGACAGCUCUGGGAGAAACAGGAGAAACCAAGGGAGAAUAGAAGAUGAUGGGACGGGCAAGGAGGGGGAGGAGGCGGCUUAUUUGAAAGCGUGGCCCGGGGGAGUGAAUUUGGUGGCAUGUCUGCGAGAGAUGCUGCUGGGGGAGCCGUGCUACUGCCCUGUCUCCCCUGCUGCCCCUUCCACCUCUGCUGCCCCUACCACCCCUGCUGCCCCUUCCACCCCUGCUUCCUCGUCCACCCCUGCUGCCCCACUGAUCAGUGUUGUGCCAAACCAUGCCAAACCUGCACCCGCUUUGGGUACAGAAUACACUGGUACUGCUGUUGGUGGGGAGCGUAAGGUCGCAAGUGGAGGCGAACUGAAUGCUAUCGAGGGUGAGGGACUCCAGUGGAGGACAGAACACUUCUACAGGCGUCGCGGGUGUUCUCCCCUUUAA